AUGAUUUUCAAGAAUGCCUCGUUCCGGCACUGUCAGCGAGAAAUUUGCGAGCAGAGCGUUCGGGGCGAAGAUUGUUUCGUCUUAAUGCCAACUGGCGGUGGGAAGUCGUUGUGUUACAUGCUACCCGCGAUUUUACAAGGUGGCGUCACCAUCGUGUGCUCGCCGCUCCUGUCUCUCAUCCAGGAUCAGGUAUCGCACUUAGUGAAAGACUUCAACAUUCCUGCGACGUUUCUUAGCUCUGCGCAGUCGCAAGGAGACGCAGUGGCGGUUCUGCGCGAAUUACGAAAGCGAAAGCCGACGAUUCGAUUGCUGUACGUGACCCCAGAAAAACUCGCAUCGAGCUCGACGCUGGCAGACAUAAUGGAUCAGUUAGACAGGAAUGGGUUGUUGACGCGGUUCGUCAUCGACGAAGCGCACUGUGUGUCGUCCUGGGGGCACGACUUUAGACCAGAUUAUAAGGCUUUGGGCUCGCUUCGGAAAAAUUAUCCAAACGUUCCCAUCACGGCGUUGACGGCGACGGCGACGAUGGCGGUUCGCACCGACGUGAUGAAGAUAUUAAAGAUUGCGAAGACGGCAAAGUCUUUCGUCGUGACUUUCAACCGCCCGAAUAUUUCAUUCACGGUGAUGCCUAAACGAGAUUUGUACGACUUGGAAAAGUUUGCCGAUUGGAUCGCCCAAGAGUUUGGCCCCAACAACGCCGGCAUCGUGUACUGCCUCUCGCGCGACGAAACAGCGAACGUGGCGAAAGCGCUGAAUGACGCACGCUUGCGUCGUCAGCGCGAACAUCUUCCACCGGGUCCGAGUGCGGCGGCGUAUCAUGCCGGGAUGACAGAUUCACAACGUCUCGCUGUGCAGAAUAAAUGGAUGAGCGGCGAAGUCUCCGUGUGCUGCGCCACAAUCGCUUUCGGAAUGGGCAUCGACAAGCCAAACGUGCGUUGGGUUGUCCAUCAUUGCGCGCCAAAAAGUCUUGAAGGCUUGUAUCAAGAAGUCGGGCGCGCCGGUCGCGAUGGACUUCCAGCCAAGGGUGUCGUGCUCUACGCUCGUGGCGAUAUCGGCCGCAUCGAGCGACUCAUCAAGAUGCCCCAAAAAGGCGUCUCGAAGCGAAGCCGGCUUGAGAAAUCCAUGCCGCUUCUCGAGGCGGUGCAAGACUUUCUCGAGGAUCGCACGCGCUGCCGCCGCGUUGCUCUGCUCGCGUACCUCGGCGAGCAUAUUUCUCGCGAAGUCUGCGGUGAAUCCUGCGAUAACUGCCUCCGUCGCGCCGGUCGACUCCCCAGAGACGACGACGACUGGGCCAUCGCCGUCGCCGCCAAGGCGCCGCCGAAGAAGCGCGCGCCCGCGGGCACCGGCAAAUCCAAACGCAAGCGCAAGCCCGCCCGCAAGCGCAAGACAUCCGCGAAGUAA